AUGCGUGGAUUCCGUGAUGCCCUAGGCUAUGGAGACUUACUUGAUUUAGGGUUUCAGGGACCUCAAUCUACUUGGUGGAAUUCAGAAACACAGCUUCGUUUAGAUAGAGCAGUCUGCACUCCGGCUUGGUGUGAUGUUUAUGGCCAUGCUCGCUUGCGACAUCUCCCACCAAGCGAUUCUGACCAUGUUCCAAUCUUAUUACAUGCAAGUACUGCGCCUCUGACUACGAAGAAGUUUCGUCACCGUUUCAAGUUCGAGGCUUAUUGGUUACCGAAUCCUGAAUGUGAUGAAGUGGUGAAUACAGCUUGGUCUAGGGAUGUUACCGGUUCUCUGAUGUACCAGGUUACACAAAAGAUCAGUUAUACUCGACUGGAAUUGGACAAAUGGCAGAAAAGAGCUUUCAAAGGUAGACAGAUGCAGAUGCUUGGAGUUAGGGCCAGGUUAGAAGAGCUUCUUGAUGUCCAUUUAACUGAAGAAGUGGUUGUCGAGAAGUGGCAACUGAUGGGAACUUUACAGCAACUACUCUCACAGGAGGAGAGUUUUUGGAAGCAGCGGUCAAAAGUGCAAUGGUUGAAAGAGGGGGAUAGUAACACUAGUUAUUUUCACAGAAAGGCGGCUAAUAGGAGAAGGAAAAAUUCCCUUCGUGGUUUAUAUAAUGAGGAUGGAGAAUGGUGUGAUGAUGAUGAGGGACUAGAGAAAGUAGUUACCUCUUAUUUCUCUACAAUGUUUACUGCUUCAGACAUUGAUUUUGAGGCAAUGAGUACUACUUUGGAGGCAAUAAAGCCUUGUGUAUCUCAAGCAAUGAACGAGCAGUUGUGUGCACCAUAUUCGCAGGAUGAGGUAAAGUGUGCUUUGUUCCAAAUGUAUCCAACUAAAUCACCAGGACCGGAUGGGAUGCCUCCUCUAUUUUUUCAACAUUAUUGGGAUAAAAUUGGUGGUGAUAUUACUGAGGCUGUGCAUAGCUUUUUGCAAACUGGUCAACUCUUGAAGGAGAUCAAUUUUACUCAUAUAUGUCUAAUUCCAAAGGUGGACAAUCCGGAAUAUAUGUCUGAAUUGAGACCUAUUGCAUUGUGUAAUGUAAUUUACAAGAUUUGUUCGAAAGUAAUUGCUAAUAGGUUGAAGUUGAUAUUACCAUCUGUUAUAUCACAUUUUCAAAGUGCUUUUGUGCCUGGGAGAUUGAUCACAGAUAACAUCUUAGUGGCCAAUGAAGUGGCUCAUUUUGUGCAUAAUAAACGAGAUGGCAGUGAGGGUUAUAUGGCUCUCAAGUUAGAUCUUAGUAAAGCUUAUGAUAGGAUGGAGUGGUUCUUUCUCAGGAAGUUAAUGGAACGGUUUGGUUUUAAUUCCAGCUGGAUUGAGAUGGUGAUGCAGUGUGUCAGUACAGUGCGUUACUCUUUUUUGGUGCGAGGUAAACCGAGAGGUCUUGUAACACCUAGCAGAGGUUUGAGGCAGGGAGACCCGUUAUCCCCCUAUUUAUUCCUCAUAGGGGCUGAAGGGUUCUCGGCUUUACUUCAACAAAAACAGGAGAUGGGACUUUUACCCGGCAUUGAGGUUUGUAAUGAAGCCCCUGCUGUUAACCAUUUAUUGUUUGCGGAUGAUAGUAUGCUCUAUGCUAACGCUACUUUAGAAGACUGUUAUCACAUACAAGAUGUUAUUGAGACUUAUGGCAGGGCCUCGGGGCAGUUAGUCAACUUUGAUAAGAGUUCGGUAGUUUUCAGCAAGAAUGUGUCAGAGUACAUGAAGGGAGAGGUAUCUAGCUAUUUGGGAGUGCAGGUGGUGGCUUCCCAUGAAAAAUAUUUGGGUUUGCCUACUUAUGUUGGGAGGAAGAAGACUUCUACCUUCCAAUACAUCAAGGAUAAUUUGGCGAAGAAGUUAGCAAAUUGGCAAGGGAAGAUGCUGAGUGGGGCUGGAAAAGAUAUUCUAAUCAAGGUUGUAGCUCAAGCUUUGCCUUCUUAUGCUAUGAGUGUUUUCCAAUUAACGAAGAAUUUUUGUGAUGAUCUAGAGCAGAUGUGUGCUCGUUUUUGGUGGGGUAGUACUUUAGAUAAGAGAAAGAUUCACUGGAAAACUUGGAAGGCUUUGUGUAACCCUAAGGAAGAAGGAGGUUUAGGGUUUCGUAGCUUGUCAAAUUUCAACAAUGCAAUGCUUGCAAAACAAGCUUGGAGGGUAGUGACUAACCCCACGAGUUUGGUUGCUCGAAUUUUCAAGGCUAAAUAUUUUCCAGAUACUUCUUUUUGGAUGACAACUCCUCAUGAUUCUCCUUCUUUCUCGUGGAGAAGCUUGUUCUCCACAAGGGAGUUUCUAAGGCAGAGUUCCUAUUGGCAAAUUGGCGAUGGUAAUACUGUUAACAUUUGGUCAGACUGUUGGUUGCCUGGUGUACAAGAUUUUAAGCCAAUGGAUAAUAGCAUUGCUGCUAAUGAGGUUCAACAGGUUAGCGAUUUAAUGAUUCAAGCAGGAUUGUGGAAUACUAGUUUGAUUCGAAGGCUUUUCCCAUUGACAGAGGCUGAUGCUAUCUUGAGCCUCCCUUUAAGUUCAAGAUAUGUUGAUGACAGAGUUGUGUGGAGACUAGAGAAAAAUGGUCGGUUUUCUGUUAAAACAGCUUAUCGAUUUGAUUUUGCUACUUCUAAUGCUAGAAGUCCAUUCCAUUUGUCGGUGGGUGUGGCUCUUUGGAAAAAGCUUUGGAAGGUGAAUAUACCUAGCUCGGCUAAGAUUCAUAUUUGGAGAGUUUGUCAUAACAUUUUGCCUUCAAUGGAGAGAUUAGAGUCAAAAAUGGUGGUGCUGGAUUCUCAGGUAUGUGUUUUGUGUUCAUCCGCAAUUGAGACAACUUUACAUCUUUGCAGAGAUUGUCCUUUUACGAAGCAAAUACUCCAAUCUAAUGGAGCUUUGAGUCAGGUGUGUUUUAAUCCUCACACUGAGAAUUGUGACAUCUUAGGAUGGUUUAGCUUUUGUGUUCAAGAGCUUUCUUUGAUGGAUUUGGGUGAUUUAAUUCAUCUACUUUGGGGCGUAUGGAAAGAGAGAAAUUGUAGAGUUUGGGAGAAUAAGAGUCUUCCUGCUUGUGACGUGUUGAUUAAGUCUAUGACCAGACUACAUGCUUUUAGGUUUUAUACUCUGAAAAUGGGAAUUGGUCGCACUGCAAGGUUUGCACGUUGGUCAGCCCCGCCUUUGGGAUGGUACAAGAUAAAUGUUGAUGGGUCUUUUGAUCACACAACAAGGAAUGGUGGUAUUGGUUUUGUUAUCAGAGACCAUCAGGGAGCGUUUUUGGCAGGGGGAGGUCGACCACUACAUGGUCUGCUUUCUCCUGAACAUGCUGAAGUAUUGGCUUGUGAUAUGGCAGUGCAGUUUGCUGUGGACAAUGGCUUUGUUCCAGCUAUCAUGGAGACGGACGCACAGAGCGUGCAGAGGCAAUUAACUAAGUCUGAUGGGAGUAAUGUUUCCCUGUUGGGUCGCUUGUAUGAUGAUCUUGUUUUGAGGUUGGAGAGCCAUUCUAAUCUGAAAAUUGUUCACAUCAGCAUAAAUGCAAAUAAGGUUGCACACAUUAUGGCAGCAAGGGCUACUACUGAGCUGCAGAGUUUCUUUUAUUUUUCUACUUCCCCUGUUUUCUUAUUAGCUGCGUUAGCAGCUGAAACCAUUCCUUUGUAA